UUUAUCCAUUUUCAAACUGUGGAGGAAGGCAAAGGAAGAGCGGUGGAAGGAGAGAGGUGGGGCAAGUGGGUGUGUGUUCACAUGAGGCACUCUUCCUCUUCUUGUGUGGGUGCAUACAGCUGCUGUGGUUCGCAGACACAGAAGAGAAAAGUUGGGCAAAGUCUAAGUGCUUUCCAUCUGCCAACACACACACAGCAACUCCCUUUCACAUAGGAAGAUUCCAUUUUGAUUCCAUCGCUUUCAUACUCAUUCACUCUCUUUUACGUACACACACACACGCUGGUCGUCCUGGUUGAGGGGGAACUGGACCGCUGGAGGCUUCGUACUCACCUUUACCUUCAGUCACUCUGCCAGCCAUCCGGACAAGGCUUUCCCAGGAUGUGGACUCUUCUCUUGGGGGUUACCUUAGGACAUCUGGCCUCCUGUAGGUCAGAGCAACUUCAAGUCAAUUCUCGCAGCUGCAGCUAUGCCGGAGUGUUCCUUGUUGAGGGUGAAGCUCGGCACUCUCUGACUUUUGAUCAGGCUCAAAAGGUGUGCGAGCAGCUCCAGACUACAAUGGCAAGUCCAGAACAAGUCCAACAGGCCUUUGAAAAAAACAUGGAAACCUGCAGGAACGGCUGGAUCAGCAACAUGAGCUUCGCCAUCCUCAGACACACACCCCAUGAGAACUGUGCUGUGAAUAUGACUGGUUUGAUCAUUUAUCCUCGCGACGACCUAAAUGAAACUUUCGAUGCUUACUGCUAUGAUGAAACAGCUGGGCCUGAGAAAAACUGCACUAAGGCAUUUGACAGAAGUGAACAAGCAAUUAGUUCUACAGAAACUGGGCUGCUGGUGUCCACCCCAGCAGAAUCAGGACGUUCUGUUGGGGUAACUGUUAAGACACCACAUCCUGUGUCAGAGGAAGCCACAGAACAGUCCACAGUGGAAAAUAGUUCACUUGGAUGGGGUGAAAUUGACAGUGUUACUGCUGGAAACUUUGAUCAGCCCACUGGAUCUGGGAUCCAGACUCCCCUCUCUGUAGAGGAAACACUGUCGACUUUCAGCCCUGUCGGUGGAACCUCUGUCCCUUACCCACUUCCAGAUGACAAGCAGGAAGAUGUGAAAUUGCAGCCAGAAAAUGAGGAUCCUACUGAAGCGUCAACACAACAACCCCCACAUGGCAAGAAAAGGAUGAAUAAUGUUGUGCCACAUCCGGAUCAACAAGAGGGCAGUGAUGCAACAAACUGGAUUGUCAUCAUCGGGGUGCUUAUAGCGGUCGCCGCAAUCCUCUUUGUGUGUGUGGCUGUUGCUAAAAGAAAGAGCUGGUGCGGCAAGAAACAAACCCUGAUGAUCACCUCCAAAGAGAAUGAGGGGAACGGGGCAGCGGGAGCUGUCGCCUCCAGCUCACAGGCCCAGGAGAGGGAGCAGGAAAUGGUAACCCUCAUGAACAAGGAGAAGAUCCAGGAGAACGGCAACACGGAGGAGUUCACCGUCAUCAAGCUGGAGGAGACGCCUGAUAAAGAGGCUUGAGGGAGUGGGCGGAGUCGAUGAAAGGGAGGAGGUGGGCUGGUUGGGACGAAGGCGUUCGAAACUGCUUUGGUGGUCAGCACUGGAUGGACAAUGACUGGGUGUUAGUGCAUAGAGGUGUGCGUGUGAGUGUGUGUACGUUAUAGGUGGCAGUGUACUGCAGCAAGGAUGCUGUUUUUUUCCCAAUCCUCACGUGCAGCAUAUUGUUUGUCCAGUGCACCAUAUUAGUGAGGAGGGGGAUGCCAAGCAUGCAUAAAUGGGUGUGAGUGUAGUGUGCCAGUUUGUGUGCAUAUGUUGUGUGUUCAUAACAAAGAGGAUGGGCAGGGGAAAAAGCUAGGGAGGUGGGUUGGAAUGUUUUGAUCAAUGAUGACAUUUAUUAAAAAAAAAAAUUAGAAACAAGCAUAAAAACGCACAUCAGCCGAAACGGAGAAUUGCCCAAACAAUGACGACGAAUUUAAAAAAUCCUGUGUCGUAUAAAAUAUGAGCAAACAAUCGGUGACAUCAUUACAUUGUUGUGGUUUAGUUGUUCAUUUAGUUUUCCUCUGAACUAGUUAGUUUUUCAGUUUUUCAAGACAGCUGGAGACACCAGUUUUUGGAUUUGUACCACUUUUGUUGGUCUGUAUAUAUAACUUUUGAAAAUGUUUUUUUUAACAAUUUAGCUUGAAAUGUCCUUGCUAAAGUAGCUUUGCAUUCCUGUUGAAUAAAAACAAUGUGUCAAUUUCA